CGCGCUCAGAGACGCAGCCGCGAUCACAGCGCCGAGAGCCGGACAAAAAAACUGAUCAACCCGCGGUGAGCUGCCGGAGCUCCGCCACCAUGAGCCAGGAGGAGACCAACGUGGAGCUGAAGGAGGCGGAGGUGAAAGAUGCGGAGGUGAAGGAUACGGAGGUGAAGGAUACGGAGGUGAAGGAUGGGGAGGUGAAGGAUGGGGAGGUGAAAGAUGGGGAGGUGAAGGAUGGGGAGGUGAAGGAUGCUGAGGCGACAGACGGCGGCCUGACGGAUGCGGAGGCGCAGGAGGCCGAGCUGGACCAGGAGGAGCAGGAGAAGCAGCCGAUGACCGGGGGGCUCGACGCCUGCGGGGACGCGGCGUCUCCCGGCGCGGCCGAGAAAAACGGCUCCGUCCACCUGAAAAUCCCCGAGGAGGCCGAAGUCAAAUUCACCGGGCUGUCCAAGGAGGAGCUGCUGAGGGUGGCCGGCACCCCGGGGUGGGUGCGGACUCGCUGGGCGCUGCUCAUCGUCUUCUGGCUGGGGUGGCUCGGCAUGCUGGUGGCCGCCGUCGUGCUCAUCCUGCAGGCGCCGCCCUGCCGGGACCUGCCCGAGCUCAACUGGUGGAACAAAGGGCCGCUGUACCAGAUCGGAGACGUCCAGGCCUUCAGCCAGAACCUGAAAGGGCUGGAGCAGAGGCUGGAGAGCCUAGAGCAGCUGAAGGUGAAGGGCCUGGUGCUCGGGCCGAUCCACGUGGCCCCGGCAGACCAGCCCAAGGACCUGAGGUUCGAGGAGAUUUCCCCCGAUGCUGGAAACCUGGAGCAGUUUAAGGGCCUGGUGAAGGCUGCGCACAAGAAGGGUAUUUCUGUGGUUUUGGAUCUGACUCCAAACUACCGGGGAUCUGGAUCCUGGUUCUCCAACGUCAGCGUGACCAACGUGGCUGAGCGGCUGAAGUCGGCGCUGGUCUUCUGGUUGGACCAGGGCGUGGACGGCGUGCAGCUGGCGGGAGUGGAGCGUGUGGCGAGCGUGGUGCCUUUGCUGUGGUCCGACAUCCGAGCCAUCGUCCAGAACGGGACGGAGGAGCGAGCCAAAAAGAGGGUCCUGAUCGGCGUGACGGAGCGAACCUCGGCCGAUGAGGUGUCCAGCCUGCUCUCCUCCACCGGCGUCGACCUGCUGCUCUCCGGCGUCCUCCGGGCCGCCAACACAGACGCCACGGAGCGCGCUCAGUCCAUCCAGCAGCUGUACUCGUCCCAUAACCAGAGCCGGCUGGCCUGGAGCCUGGGGGGCCGGGCCGACGGCCACCUGGCCACGCUGGGCGGCCCGGCGCUGCUCCGCCUCCACCAGCUGCUGCUGCUCACGCUGCCCGGCACGCCCGUCUUCAACUACGGAGACGAGAUCGGCCUGGAGGACGAGGGCACAAACUUUCCCAAGAUGCUCUGGGACUCAGCAGAGGAGCCCAACGGGACGCUCAAGGAGCAGCAGGAGGAGCGGGAGUCCAGCCGCCGGCUCUUCCAGGCUCUGAGCGAGCUGCGUGGCAGAGAGCGCUCCCUGAUGUUCGGAGACUUCCUGCUGCUCUACAACUCCUCGUCCUCGCUGGCCUUCCUGCGGAGCUGGGACCAGAGCGAGCGUUACCUGGCCGCCUUCAACUGGGCGGACGAGGCGGCCACGCUGCCGCUGAGCCUCCCGGCGCUGCCGCAGCACGCCACCGUGUCGCUGAGCACCGACGACGGCUCACCGGCUUCCAACAGCAAAGUGCAGCUGGAGGCGCUGCGGCUCGGCCCGGGUCAGGCCACACUGCUCAAGUUCCCUUACUCUGCUUAGAGCCGAGGCUCAGAGCCCCGGCCGCCAGGCGGAGCUGCACAACGUUAGAAAACACCUACAAUCACAUUCUGUUCUGCUGUGACUGACGUGUGUCAUGAGUCUGUGAUGUUCCUCUGUGGUGACGUGCUUUCAUCUGGUCAACCCCCCAUCUCAACCUGGCUUGUCUGCUUGAGAGAAAGAUGAUAGUGCCAUCAAAGUGACAGUUUUCACAGUUUAGACAAACUGAAACUGAAAAAGUCGCCUUGUUCCUCACAGCUCAUAGCUCAUAGCCCAUUUCAAACAGCAUGGUCUCACAAAAUGCACAAAAGGCAGAAAUACAUAAAAAUACAACAUAAUAAAGACAAAACAGCCACCAGUUUCAAUUACAAAACUAAAACGUGACGGCAGGCAUUGGAAGCAAAGGAAAUCAAAAGUGGAGUGCCAUGAAAUUUAAAAGUGUUAUUAAAUUCAUAUAAGAGGUUCAAUCAAACUAUGGGAUGGAUAUAGCAGAAGGAGGAGGGUUUGGAUGUAACUUGAACUGCAUUAAUGGUUCAUUAAUUAAUUCAAAUGAGUCAAAAUGAUCCUGAGCGGAGCAGCUAGAAGGGAUGCUGUCACUUGUCCAGUGCAGUCGUGAAGCCUCCGUCGCAUUUUAGAUUUGCAGUGGAUCUGAAAACGUGUCGUCGGUCAUAUUUUCCCAUUUUUCAGUGUUAAAUGAUGUUUUCUGUGGACUGAACUCAGCGCCUCACAAGUCAGGCUGUCAUUGCUGAUUUAUGGUUGUUGUUGUUGUUUCUCACCGUCACCAAGACAAUU